CUUUAGCCUCGUCCCCGGCUUCAGAAUAGUCUCCGCUACAAACAAGUUGCAUCAUGGUCACGCCACCCCACGGGUUGGUGCGUGUUUCCGCUCCCCCCUCAUUUCUGCUGUCGGCUCCAACGAAGUAGAUCUACAUUGUCUGCAUUGGCUUUUGAAACUGGUAGUUGUUUCUUUACAUUUGCAUGUAGCGUGUUUACAUUUACAAGCAACUAAUCUGUAUUUACUGUAAGGGCAACUUUGGAGUGACGUCACCCCGUUCAGGUGGGGCCCUUUAUUCAGCCUGUCACCCACAACCCAUAUUUGGGAACCAUCCUUUGUUACCCCCACAGUCCGUCCAAGAAUACCGUUAUCGCACUGAUAUGCAAAACACAAUCGUCUUUGUUAGGCCGCAUAGCUAGAGGCACUGGCCCGUGAAAGCAAAAGUACAUGCCAAUGCAUUUGUGUCUGCGCACGUAUGAUCGUUCUCCAUUAUUAUUGUUCGAUUUGCCAUCGAGUGAUUCAUAGAGUGCUCAUACAGGGUGUUUCAUUUUAGACUGACGAAGUAUUUACGCAACUUCAAGGAGUACGAGUUACAGAAUCAAUUUGGAAUAUUCCCACUUGCUGGAACAUUUGUUAUCAGCUGGUCUGAUAGAACUAACUUUAUUAACAACGUUAGUUACAUCUCUCUGGAACUGUACAGGGAAAAGGAAAAUAUAUUAUUGGAAACAGUACACAGACAACAAUGACGUACCUUCGGAUUUUAGGCGUUCUUUUAGCCACCGUCAUCGCACUCGCAGCAAAUGCCGAUGCUUACUGUUCACCAGAUCCAUGCCUUAAUGGAGGAACUUGCUACACAGGAGCCAGUUCCUAUAUUUGUAUAUGUCCAAGCAAGUACUCCGGAGAUCAUUGUGAAACAUUUGAAGAUGACAUGCUAGUUCCAUGCUAUCCAAACCCCUGUGCCAAUGGAGCGACGUGUUUCACAGGACCACUGGGUGCUUAUUACUGCUCUUGCCCGCCUGAUUUCGAUGGAACACGGUGUGAACGAUCCUCACAAUAUGAUUCUAGCUCUCCUUCCUGUACUGCAAGCACGUGCUCCAACGGUGGCUUAUGUUACACCGGUCCGAGGGGUUCAUUUUUCUGUUCUUGCCCGACCAGUUUCAUCGGAACACACUGUGAAACCCCAGCCCCACCAGAUACAGUUACUCCAUCCACUGUUUCAGAUUUUUGUUUCUCGAGCCCCUGUACAAAUGGUGGGACGUGCUUCACCGGCCAGUCAUCUUUUGUUUGUAUUUGUCCAUCGCGGUUCACUGGACAGCUGUGUCAGACUUUGGUGUCGUGUAGUGAUAACCCAUGUAUGAAUGAUGGCACAUGUUAUACAGGACAGACAGGAUUCCUCUGUUCCUGCACAAAUGACUUCACUGGAGAAAUCUGCGAAAAUUACAUCCAUACUCAGGGCUGCCCCAAGGACUCUUGCCUGAAUGGGGCAACUUGUUAUCUCAGCUCUUCUGCAGAUAGGUCUAUCUGCAGCUGUACCCCUGGGUUCAUUGGCUCUCAGUGUGAACAGCACAUUGAUGUGAACAGUUGCUUCAACGUGGAAUGCCAAAAUGGUGGCUUGUGUGUGCAAGCCGCGGAUGAUGCUACCAACACAGAGUGUUUAUGUACUGAAGAGUUUUACGGCCCUAGAUGUGAACAUGUUCACGAUAUUUGCACUUCGAGCAAUCCUUGCUUGAGUGGUGGGACCUGCUACACCUCCAGUCAGAACAGCAGAGCCUUUGUGUGUUCUUGUCGUCACGGCUUCGAGGGUAACCUCUGUGAAACUUCAAAUCCAUGUGCCAGUAAUCCAUGUCUGAACGAUGGAGUUUGUACUAAACCAUCUGAUCCAUCCGCUGAUAUGAUACUGUGUCAGUGUCCCAAUGGAUACGUCGGAGUUCGUUGUGAAAUAAUCGACACUGGUGUAGGGGCAUGUGUGGUUGGAGCGUGCCUGAAUAACGGAACGUGCAUCCCGUCUCCCUUUGCCCCCGGUGGUUUUAGCUGUGCCUGCCCGACCACCCACACUGGUACACAGUGUGAACAGCAAGUACCUCUGGCUUGUUCCAGUAACCCCUGCAUGAACGGAGCAUUCUGCAGCAACGCUGGAGACGGUAACUACCAGUGCCUUUGUCUUGAGGGAUACACUGGACGAAGAUGUGAAGUUGUAGGUCCUUGUGUGUCGUCACCAUGUGAGAAUGGAGGAACGUGUAUAGAAGACGUCUACAAUCCUGGUAACUUUGUCUGCCUGUGUCGAGACCAGUACACUGGAGAAACGUGUACCAUUCCCCCCCAUGCAGAUCCAUGCACCUCAACACCUUGCCAGUAUAGCGGCUCUUGCAUACCGACUAACUCGGGGGAAGGCUACAUUUGCAACUGCCCGGAUGAGUUUGUUGGACAGAAUUGUGAUACACCAGAUCCUUGCAGUCCCAACCCAUGUCUGAACACUGGAGUGUGUAACGCCAUCCCAGUUACUGGAGGUACCUGGGAGUUCUACUGCAUCUGCACCAGCCAGUUUCUAGGAACUACAUGCGGAGUACAGAGGGCUUGUGUCAGUAAUCCAUGUUUGAACGGUGGACUCUGCGUCGAUGUACCUGAGUCUUCCAGUCAGCCGUUAUACGGAGCGGACCCGACCAGCCAGAUGCUCAAUUAUAAAUGCCGCUGCCUAGACAGAUGGACAGGAACAAACUGCGAGUCGGAACUCAUUGAUCCUUGCACUUCCAACCCCUGUCAGAAUAAUGGAACGUGCUUUAGGAGCCAGUCAAGCGAAAGAUUCGUCUGCAUGUGUCCCGUUGGUUUCUACGGUGAUCGUUGUGUUGCGGAUCCCUGCGCUGGAAACCCAUGUGAGAAUGGUGCAACCUGCGAAUCCAGUGGAAUCUCCUAUCAAUGCAUCUGCAACUCGGGUUAUUCCGGAGCCAAUUGCAAUGUAGAAGAUUUUUGCCGAAGCAAUCCUUGCAUGAAUGGAGGAACUUGUCGCUUGACCGAGGAGUGGUAUGAAUGCAGUUGUCUCCCUGGGUUCACAGAGAUGCAUUGCUCUGAAGCAGACCCAUGUUUCCAGCUCCCAUGUCAGAACGGCGCUUCGUGUAUCGCAGUCACACGUUCAGGUUCAAGCUUCCUAGAGUACCAAUGUCUCUGCCCACUGGGCUUCGGGGGACUGACUUGCGGAGUGAACUUUGGAGGUGUAAACAUGUGCGCUUUGAAUCCAUGUGCCAACGGGGGCAGUUGUUAUCAAGGCUCUGAUGUAACAUCGUCCUCGUAUGUCUGCUUGUGCCCCUCGGGCUUCACUGGUGAAACGUGCGACCAGAGGACGUAUCCUGUGGGGAGUGAAGAUCCUACACUAGGUGCUGGGUUACCCUGUGCCGAUGUGGAAUGCCAGAACAACGGCACAUGCUUCCAGAGUGGGGAAGGAACACAAUAUGUUUGCUUCUGUGUUGUGGGUUUCACUGGCCAGCACUGCGAGACAGUCGUGACUACACCUACAGUAACAAUGACACCUCCACCAACAGAUGCACCUUAUACUACCGCACCAGUGUCUACAGGUUGCGCCUUUGGUGAUGAGAGUUACCAAGACGGAGAAACGAGGGUUGACGGCUGCAAAGACUGUUUGUGCAGAAAUGGAGUAUGGCAGCCGUGCUCCACUCAAAGAUGCAAAUGUGUAUACGAUGGUCGGACGUACAACAAUGGUGAAUCAUGGAGGAAUGAUUGCAUGUUUUGUUCUUGUUUGAUUGAUAUAGCAUCCUGCUCAGAUAUGGAUUGUAGAGACCGGUGUGUGCAUGAUGGUCAGAUUUAUGAACCAGGUCGCAACAGAUCAGAUGGUUGUAACUCGUGCAUAUGUGAGACUGGAAAUUGGAUGUGCACUGAACGUGGAUGUGGAAAAACCUGCCAGUUCGGAACCGAUGUGUUUCUUCAAGAUGAAUACCGAAAAGAUGACUGCAAUAAUUGUACCUGUUUUAAUGGCCAGUGGCUAUGCACAACCAAAGAUUGCAAGGCAGAACCCAUUCGAAUUAAGGUGGAGUUUAGUUUCAAGGCUGAUUUCAACACUGUCUCCAAUAAACAAGAACAAUUUAUCAGGGAUUUAACAGCUGAUUUAAACACCAAACUUCAAUUGACAAAUCACAUCCAGAACUUAACGAUUGCUUCAGGGAGCAUCAGAGUCACGUUCUAUCUCGUGGAGAACAAACAAGACUCUGUGAAUGUUGAAGAUGUGGCUGUCAAGUUUGAAAAUGAGGUUAACGCCGAAUCCUACAACUUUGUCUUCGAUGGGCAACAGUACCAGGUGGAUCCUGCGUCAUUCCGAGCUGAGAAAGUAAACACUAACGGAAAUGUUAUCAAUGAGAAUCCGAUGACUUUAGUUAUUAUCAUCGCUGUAGUUGCUUGUGGUGUUGUGGGACUUCUUAUCGUCAUUGGAUCUGUCUGCUGGCUGGUGAGGAGACACAAAACCACAAGAGAUAUAACAGAUUAUGGGGAGGACAGAUUACCCAGAGCAUCGGAUCAGUCACCAUGGGAUGGCAUCGUAAAUGAAGGAUACGGCGGAGAUCGAACAACAAGUAAAAUCUAACCUGAUCAACAAGAACUUACGUUUGUCAAACGUUUCUAAACUGCACAUCGGGAUGAAGAGAGAAUAAACCUUGGCAGACAAACUCAAGACUACUUUUUUAAUGUGAAACAGAUGGGAAUUGAGUGCCAAGCUACUGUUCUGUUUGACCUUGAAGCAGUGAGGGAAUUUUCUUUUUGGAGUAUGUAUAUGGAUGCCAGUUUACCGACUUGUAGAUUAUCCUCGCUUCUUCAAGAAAGACCAGAGUGCCCCUUCAGAAACUCCUCUGUAUUUAUGAUGUCAAAGUAAAACAUAAACAAUAAUUGUGUAAUAAUAUGCUUUGCUUUUUUAACAUUUUCAAUGGCAGUCGGCAAAAUGAGUUAAUCUUUGAUGGCAUUGUUUUACUUAAAGUGCUUUAUUUGCAAACUGGGGCUCAAAAAGUAGACUCAAGGCAGUUAUUGAUUGGGGGUAGAGGUGUUAAAAACCUCGGAAAUUUCAUUGGUUGCUACACCCCGUAAGUUUGAUUUAAUUUUCUCCCACUGUUGGAGCAAUCUGAUCGCAAGCUCAAUAUAGCAGAGUGAACUAGGAGGAGUAUGUAAACAUAUAUUUUCAAAGACUGUGCAAGUAUCAAAGUAUCAAGUAUAUUCAAACGUUUUUGAGGCAACUUUGGUUCCAUGUCGAUGGUUUAAAGUGUGAAGGAAACAAAGUUUAGCACUUUAAUGUGUGUCUCGGUGUUUGAAUAUGCGCUACAUUCUCUUAUAAAUGCAAUUCAUUUGUGUAAUGGAGGGAGUAAUCUGGACGUUGUAAAUAUUGUACCAUGGUCCUGAUCACUGGCUGGCCGGUGAUCCAUUACAAGAAUGUUUAAAACCAACUUGAAGAAAUUCUUACUGGUUUGUAAAAUUAAAUUUUUUAUUGAGUUAUGACUUUGACAGGUUUUUAUAACAUAUCUUUUGAAUUUAAUAAAAUAAAUAUUAUUUCUUUGCACUGUUAACAGUUGUUAAAUAUGCCAAAAAUUGUUAUUGGCCAGGGGUGCGUUUUGGCGACCCACACCAGAAACAUUGGUCAUCGGUUGAGCGUUUUCGCAUGUUCGGUUGAGCGCGGUGACCAUGCUGUUCAGAACAUUCCACUGGUAACCGACUUGUGGACUCGGUUGGGCUUUGGUUGGGGUCGCCAAUACGCAUUCCUGAUGUUUUGACCCUAGCAGAGUCUUUCUCGACGGCUAAAUAUUAAACAACUAUAUGACAAUAAUGCUGUCAUUUAGCCUUUCGGGUAUGACUCUGCCAGGGUUGAAACGUCAAGCCACUAACUAUUUUCAUUUGCAUCAUUUGUUCGUUUAGGUUGCAACAGCUAGUUCUAUUUUGUUAAAUGUGCCAUUUUACUUAGUUUACUUAAAUAUGACUUCAAGUACUUUAUUUUGACCUAAUUAGAAUACUUUUUAAACUUUUGUACAGAACUUAAACGACAUCAUUUACAUCUGACAUAAGGAUUGUAAUUAAAAGCACCCUGGUGGUCUUCAUUUGGUUUCAA